AUGACGGAUAUAAAAUUUAUCAGCAAUAUGGAAUAUACGUGUCAUAAACCUCCAUUGAAAAUAAAAAAUAACAUUUUAAUAGGCGAAGAAAUUCCAUAUCAGGACUUAUAUAACACACAUCUGGGGCAAAUAAUUCUACGCAUUCUUAAUUCUCAGCCAAAUUUUGUUGCACAGAUAGAUGCAGAGACGGGAAAAAAAAUUACAUAUAAAGAAAUAAAAUAUAAAAGUGUAAGAUUAGCGAUGUGGAUGAUAAAGGAAAAUGUUGAUCCAGGAGACUUCAUAGGAAUAUGCACGAAUCAUCAUAUAGGAUUGUAUAUCAUUUUAGCGUGCUUAUAUAUUGGCGCUAUUCCGAUGAUACGGAAAUACGAUCAAUGCACGGAUUACGAAAUUUCAUCUGAAAUUACACGUAACAAUCCAAAAAUGAUAUUUGUCGAUAAGAUGCCACAUCAUGAAUCAAAACCUACCGAUAACGAUGAAACAGAGGAUAUGGCGCCAACAGUGAUGGUUCUCAACAAAUCACAAUCUUUCUUUAAUAAGAUUUAUUUUGCUUGCGAUAUUUUCGAAUGCUUUAUUGACGAAUACAGCCAAACAGAAAUAGAUAAGUUUAUUUGCACGGAAUUAGAUCAAUUUAAACUAGAGACCGCAGUGAUAAUGUAUACUCGCGGUAUUGAAGGUUUGAUUAAAGCUGUGAAAAUAUCUCACAAAGCAUUUAUGGCACCGGCGAUUAUCAAUAUGAUAAAUAUGUUAUCCGGUGCCAGAGGCAUGUGGGUAGGAACUCAUUUUUCCUUCCCCAACCUGAUACUAACCAUUCAAGCGAUAUGUAAUUAUAUACAAGUUAUUAUAUUUGAAGGAGACGAUAUGACAAAAAUGUGCAGAACUAUAGAAAAGUAUAAGGUACGAUGGGUACGAUUUGAAACGGGUCUAUGCCAAGCAUUCUUAGAUUCUAAGGGUUUUCUUUUACAUAAUACCUCUUCUUUAAGAAUGAUAAUGUUAAACGGUUCAAGGAUGGAAUAUUUUAUUUAUACGGAUCUCGUCAAGUUAUUUCCAAAAGUUUCUAUUGUGUCAUUAUAUGGUACGAUAGAAACAGGCGUAAUCGCUUAUCAAAGAUGUAGCGGAAAGCCCGGAUCUAACGGUUAUAUAGGUAAGAAUGUCCAAUUAAUGAUCACCAAUAUGUCUAAGACACCGCUAGGACCUAAUAAACCUGGUAACAUCUGGUGCAAAUGUUGGGGCAUGUCAAAGACAUAUUAUGACAUCAAAGAUGCAAAUCCUAUGCAAGCGGUUGAUGAGAACGGAUGGCACGACACCGGAGACAUAGGCUACUACGACAAAGAUGGUGACAUAUACGUCACCGAUCGAGCAGUAGAUCUUAUCAAGUUUAGAGAAUACUACUUCUCACCGUCGAUAGUCGAAACAAUAAUAAAGGAACAACCUGCUGUGUAUGAGGUGGCUGUAGUGGCAGUGCCAAAUAUUACUGAUGGCCAGCAUCCCAAGGCGUUUAUUACGACAAAGACGGCGCAAAAAGUACAAGAAAUAGAAAAAAAAAUAGAGGAAAUGUUGGAAAAUAAAUUGGGGGACUGCAUGAAAAUGCGCGGUGGUAUGACAUUUCUUAAUAAAAUGCCGUAUGGGCCUGAUUACAAGAUCAACCGUAAAUGUCUUCGUCAUAAGGCGAAAUUGAACACAUUAAAUUGAAAUAUUUUCACAACCCAACAGAUAUAAUCAUCGGAAUAAACUCGUCUAUAGAAAAACUAUCAUACAUCUAUAUAUGUAACGAAUAUGUAAAGAAUAUCGUAGAUUUAA